AUGGCGGCGCCAUGCUGUAGUGUGCCUGCCUUCUGGGUCCUGGGCACGAAUAAGCGUUUAGGGGGUCUUUCGACGCUCAUCUCUAAGUCAUUUUGUUCCGCGGCUACUGCCUCUAGGCCUCUGAGCGCCCAGAAGUUAGCGGAGAGGCUUCGAGCCCAGAAACAGGAGCAAAAGAAGCAAAAGCUGCCGGUACCUACAAACCCUGUUCAGCGGAGGGUGCAAGAGCUGGUGCGAUUCACGCAGCAGCUGCAGCGAGUUCAUCCCAACGUGCUUGCCAAGGCACUGACUCGCGGGAUUCUCUACCAAGACAAGGACCUCGUGGUCAUCAAUAAGCCUUAUGGUCUCCCUGUUCAUGGUGGCCCUGGGGUCCAGCUCUGCAUCAAUGAAGUACUGCCCAUCAUGGGAAAGAUGCUUCAUGGCCACAAAGCAGAGCCUUUGCAUCUAUGCCACCGGCUGGAUAAAGAAACCACAGGUGUAAUGGUUUUGGCUUGGGAGAAGGAAGUGGCACAUCAGGUUCAGGAGUUGUUUAGAACCCGUCAGGUGGUGAAGAAGUACUGGGCCAUCACUGUGCGAGUCCCCAUGCCAUCUGCAGGAGUGGUGGAUAUCCCCAUGAUUGAGAAGGAGGUGCAAGGGCAGCGGCAGCACCACAAGAUGACUCUGGCCCCAACCUACCAUAUGGACAAUGGGAAAAUGGUGAAAGGGCGGGCCAGCCGGAAUGCCCACAUCGCCGUCACACAGUACCAGGUCCUUAGCAGCACUCUGUCUUCGGCACUCCUGGAACUGCAGCCCAUUACUGGAAUAAAGCAUCAACUUCGAGUUCACCUGUCAUUUGGACUGGAUUGCCCAAUCCUUGGUGAUCAUAAGUACUCAGACUGGAAUAAGUUGGCCCCUCAGAAGCUUUCUGUUGGCACCCUGAAGAAGCUGGGGCUGCAGCAGUCGAAGGCCCGCCACAUUCCCCUUCACCUGCAUGCCCGGCAGCUGGUCCUGCCUGCCUUGGGGUCCCGGAAGGAGGAACUCAACUUGGUCUGCAAGCCUCCUCGCUUCUUUGUACAUUCUGUGCGCCGUCUGGGUUUGGUGAUGCCAAGUCAGGACCAAAGCGGAGACAACCAAGCUGGACAACCAGGAGCACAGUGAAGACUGUUGAGCUGUUUGACCCUGAACUCUUUCCUUUGUUUCAUGGAACUAGCUUCUCACUUGAAUAGACUCCAGAGGAGCCAUGUGGAUAAGUUGAGGAAUCUUCACCACUUCAGACCUUUUAUUGGAGUAUAAAGUCUGUUUGCUGAAAGUUUGAUCACACUAUGGAAAGGCCUGCUGGAAGUCUCCCUGUCAUCCAGUGUCUUUACCAGGAGCCGAGGGCCAGGCAGACUGGGGAGAACUGAAGAACAGAGUCCAGUCAAGAACUGUUUCCAUCCAACAGAAAAGCUUGUGAGCGAUCGGAAAACGCUCCUGUGGCUGGAAAGAACUCGUUAUGCUUAAACGCAUGGAAUCUGAGGGUUCUAUUGGAACUAAAAUGUGGGUGCUGUACUGCACAAGUGGUGAUGAAGCCUGAGAAGGGGGUGUAGGGUGGGGUAUUUGAUAAGGAAGGGAAGCAAGUGGAACUACCAGCUGGGUAACAGAAGUGAGUGAAGCUGGUGGGGUGUAAGGCGUGGUGGGGACAAUAAACCAAGGAAUUACACAUGCGCGCACACACACACACAAACAAAACACACACACACACUUCGUAGCAAUUUUUAGUACCAGCUGGUGGUUGCCAUGUGGGGAAUAGCUUUUCUAACUUUAUUUUUUCCAAGACUCAGGAAUUAGAAUCUGUUUGUAUUUUUCAAAAUAACAACCGAAAAAAAAAAACAAAAAAACAGCUCUCAGGAAUAUCUCCUAGCCUGUUAUCAAUUAAAUCAAAAUUUGAAGAGACCCUAAGACAGCCAAACACAUUUGUAAGUUGGCCUUGGCUAGCAGGUUUCAGGUUUCUGAUUUGCAGUGUGUUGAACAAAAGGGAAGUCUGGGGCAGGAUAUCACCUUUAAAGUUGUGGGUCAGUGGUUGGCAUUUGUGCUGUGUGUGCUGUAUCCUUCCCACAUGAGGGGAUGACUUUGUUCGAUGCACAGGAGUGGUUAUAAAGUCACCGCCAUUAAAAAGAAAGUCUGUUU